CUUUACAACUAAGCCAUUAAUAUAACACCACGUAGAUAUUUUCAACAAUAAAUGUAUUUUACUUUUCUAUCUAUAAAUUAAUAUAAUCCUUGCUUCUUUUUAUUUCAUUUCACAAUUCAGUGAGCAUCUCUGUCUCUUUGAUAAUAAUAUCCAAAAAUAUUUUUAAAGUGAGUUUAGUAUAUAUAUCACAAUGCCUCGUCGUGUGCUCCAUUUCCUCAUUUGUGUUGUGGAAAUUCUAUGCAUCAAUUUGUUAUGUGCUCAAAGUUUCCAUAUGAAUAAUUGUGUGGAGAAAGAGAGAAAAGCUCUUUUAAAGUUCAAAGAAGCACUCAUUCUUGAACGUGACAAACUUAACUCAUGGAAAGGUGAAGAAUGUUGCAAAUGGGAAGGAAUUUCAUGUGAUAAUUUAACUCAUCAUGUUACUAAUUUGGAUCUCAAUGCUAAAAUAUUUGGAGGUAAGUUAGAUUCUUCAAUAUGUGAAUUGCAACAUCUAACUUCUUUAAAUCUUUGUUAUAAUAACUUAGAAGGAAAGAUUCCAAAAUGUAUUGGUUCACUUGGUGAAUUGAUAGAGUUGGAUCUUAGUGGUAAUAAUCUGAAUAGUGUCAUUCCUCCUAGUUUGAGCAACCUUUCCAAUUUGCAAACUCUUAACCUUGGAUAUAAUGAUCAUAUGAUUGCAUAUGAUCUUGAAUGGCUUUCUCACCUAUCUAAUUUGAGUUAUCUUGAUCUAUCAAAUGUGAAUCUCACUCUUGUCAUUGAUUGGUUGUCAUCAAUAAACAAAAUUCCUUCUUUAACUGAACUUUAUUUAUCCGGUUGUGGGCUCCAUCAAGUCACUCCUAAAUCUAUUCCCCAAUUGAAUAUUUCCAUUUCGUUGAAAUCUCUCAAUCUUGGGCACAAUAGUUUAACCUCUUCCAUUUUGCCAUGGGUGAUUAAUGUUAGCAAAGUUCUCACACAUCUUGAUCUUUCAUCUAAUUUUUUGCAACAAAGUAUUCCAUAUGACUUUGAAAAUAUGAUUUUUCUUCAAUAUCUUGAUCUCUCAUAUAAUGAACUUCAAGGAAGGAUACCAAAUUAUUUUAGGAAUAUGUGUCAACUGCAAGAGUUAUACCUAAACACCAACAAAUUAUCUGGCCAAUUUAGUUACAACAUACAACAAUUAUGUUGUGCACAAAAUGGUUUAGUGGUUUUGGAUCUAAGCAAUAACUCAUUCAAUGAGGGGACAAUUCCUGAUUUUUCUUGCUUUUCAUCGUUGAAGGAAUUAUAUCUUGGAAGUCUGAAUAUUUUUGGCACAUUACCGAAGUCAUUAAUUCAUCUGCAUUCUCUUGUAUCUCUAUAUCUUGUUGAUAAUAAGUUGAAUGGUGUGGAUAUCAUAGAUGAUGGGUCUCUAUCAAUCAUAUCAAUUCUAGAUCUCAGCUUUAACCAAUUGAAUGGAUCACUACCAUUGUUUGAGAUAACUAAACUUAAAUCAUUAGAAACACUAGAUCUUUCCCAUAAUCAGUUGAGUGGGUCAUUUUCACAAACAAUUGGCCAUCUUUCUAAUCUUAUGGCAUUGGAUCUCUCUUCAAAUAAGUUAAACGGUGUCAUUAAUGAAGCGAUUCUAUCAAACUUAUCUAAGUUGACUCUUUUGGAUGUGACUCAAAAUUCAAUUUCAUUCAACUUGAGUUCAGAUUGGGUUCCACCUUUCGAACUAAACACACUACAUGCUUCAUCAUGCACAUUGGGUCCUAAAUUUCCAAUAUGGCUCAAACACUUUGAGGACCUUGAGGAUCUAGACAUCUCUUAUAGUGGUAUUUCAGAUUCAUUUCCUGAAUGGUUUUGGAAUCGAUCUUCAAGUUUGUUAUACUUGAAUGUUUCACAUAACAAAAUUAACGGGGCCUUGCCAAAAUCAUUUCCAAGUAUAAAUAAUAGAUUUGCGUGGGAACGUGUGUGGGAUUUUCGUUUCAACGAUUUGAAUGGCUCAUUGCCUCGUUUUCCAGAACUAAGGGCUCUAUUUCUCUCCAAUAAUAUGUUUACAGGGUCUCUAUCUUUGUUUUGUACAUCCUCAUUUCAGAGUUUAACUUUUUUGGAUUUGUCUAGUAACUUGCUUGGAGGUAAACUUUCAGAUUGUUGGAAAAAUUUUGAAAGCUUGAAAGUUUUGAAUUUGGCAAAAAAUAAUUUAUCUGGUAAAAUACCCAACUCAUUUGGUACUUUAGAACAAAUUGAGUCAAUUCAUUUAAAUAACAAUAAAUUCUGUGGUGAAAUUCCACCUUUAACCCUUUGUAGCAACUUGAGACUAAUUGAUUUUGGGGAUAACAGUCUCCAAGGAACAAUACCAUUGUGGAUAGGACAUUAUCUUCCUCAAUUGACUGUCUUACGUGUACGAGGAAAUAAGUUCCAAGGAAACAUUCCUGCAAGCUUGUGUAAUCUUUCAUUUCUUCAAGUAUUGGAUCUCUCUAAAAACAAUAUUACAGGGGAAAUACCACAAUGCUUUAGUAACAUCGUUGCUUUAACAAAUUUGAAGUUUCCAAGAAACAACUUUCACUAUUUCUCAUACAUAUCGUUCUUUAUAGAACAUGAAGAGUAUGAAUUUGGCUCUUUCUAUGACAAGGAAAUAUUGGCAUUGAAAGGAUCAAACAGAGAAUAUGAGAAAAAUCUUGGAUUGAUGACAAGCAUUGAUCUUUCUUGCAACCAUUUAACAGGAGAGAUACCUCAAAGUAUAACAAAACUUGUGGCAUUAGUUGGCCUAAACCUUUCAUGGAAUAAUCUCACUGGAUUAAUUCCCAGCAACAUUGGUCAUAUGAAAAUGUUAGAAUCACUUGACUUGUCAAGAAACCAUCUUUAUGGUAGAAUGCCAACAAGUUUUUCAAAUUUGACAUUUCUUAGUUCCAUGAAUUUGUCUUUCAACAACUUGGAAGGAAAAAUACCACAAAGCACUCAAUUAGAAUCUUUUGAUUCCUCAACAUAUUUGGGAAAUAGUGGACUUUGUGGCUCACCACUUGGUAAUCAUUGCCUAGGGGAUAUGAUUUCUCCAAAACAUGUCACUAAUGAAGAUGAAGAUGAAGAUAAGCUCAUAACCUUUGGGUUUUAUAUUAGCUUGUGGCUUGGAUUUUUUGUUGGAUUUUGGGGAGUUUGUGGAACUCUAGUGAUAAAAACAUCAUGGAGACAUGUCUAUUUUCAAUUCUUCAACAACAUGAGUGACUGGAUUCAUGUGACACUAGUAGUUUUUGUAAUCAGAAUGAAAAAAGUAUUUCAAGUUCAAGACAAUAAUAGCUAAAUUCCUUGUUGAUAUCUUCCAUUUUUAUUUUUUCCAUAAUAAAGAAGCACACUAAUGUAUAUUGUAAUAUAUAAUGCAUGUUUUUUUAACAUAGAAUCUAACAAAAACUUUGAACAUUUA